AUGCUUUUUGUGGAGGCAUGUGUGAUGGUGUCGGUGAAGUUUGGCCUCGUAAUCGCGGCAUCUCCAAUGAUUAUAAUGGCAUUAGAAAUGAAGCCUCUGGUGAGCAUAGUAAUGCUGAUGGUCCUGACACAAGUUUUCCAGAGUCUUCCCAACUUGUAUCAUGGAAGCUGGCUGAGAUUAUUAAGGGAAGGAGAUAACUGUGGAAAAUGUGAUUUAGAACUUUGUUCUCAACCUGAAAACUGCUUGGCUGGAACUGUGCUAGACCAUUGUGGCUGCUGCUCUGAAUGUGGGAAUAGAGAAGGGCAGAUCUGUGAUUUGGAUGGCAGUAAUCACUUCUAUGGGCAGUGUGGGCAAAACCUGCAGUGCAUUUUAAAUACUGAAGUGAUGGAGUACGGGGAAGUUCCUGAACCACAGUGUGUUUGUGGAUCUCAAGAAAGCGUUUGUGGACCCGAAGGGAAGACCUAUGAGAAUAUUUGCCAGUUCAAUGAGAUUUAUUCUCAGAAGAAAACUAAUGUUAGCAUAAAACACAAAGGACCAUGUGAAUCAGACCUUCUUUUCUACCCAACCAUCAGCCAUGAUGGUUUUAAUAUUCAUGAUGACAACCUUCCUAUCAUCAUUAGUUUAUCCUUCUGGUCAGCUUCCAUGUUCUACAUUUGCAUUCUACCUCAGCCACUUAUAGGGGUGGUUUCUAACCUUAAAAAAUUAUUUUCUUUAGCUCCUGUUAUUUCUUUACCACCUCAAAAUACUCAGAACUUUGUGGGAAAUGACAUCCUUUUUAGAUGUGAAGUUUCAGCUUAUCCAAUACCAUACCUGGAAUGGAAGAAAAAAGGGGAUAAAAUUUUCCUUCCUGGUGAUGAUGCACAUAUUUCAAUCCAGGUGAGAGGUGGACCUCAGAAAUAUGGUGUGACAGGAUGGCUACAAAUUCAAGCAAUCAGGAAAUCAGAUGAAGGUGUUUAUAUUUGCCAUACCAGAAACAAAUAUGGCACGACUUAUGCAUCUGCCAGAUUAAAAGUUAUCAAUCCUGGUUCAUCAUCUAGAUCUCAAGUCAUAACAAGGAACAUAAUUAGAAGUCCCAACACAGAUUAUGGAAACUAUUAUAAUCCUGAGGAAGAAUAUGAAUCCGGAGACUAUGAAGAAGAAAACAAAUUGAUUUGAAAAGUUUGUAUUUCUAAUCUCUAUUAUAAACAGUUAGUAAAGAAUGUUAGACCUGAAAGACAC